GAGAGAGAACAAAGAAACUGAAAACCCAUUUCCUUCUACUUUCAGUUUCACUUUCGUUCGGACUCACUCUCUCUCACACACACAAAGAACCCUCUGCAUUUUUCUGUGUUCUAAAGCUUCAACUCCCACCAAUGUCCUCUUUCUCUCUCUCUGAAUAAUAGUUCCCUUUGAAUUUCAAGCCGUGUUCAUUUGGUGUUUCAUUUUCCCUGGCCCUCAGUUUUUUCUCAAGGUGCUUUAACUGGGUUAUUGAAAGUGGCUCAGCAAUUUGAUUGAAGCCAACAGAGAAGCCUAAAACCUUGUUUGUUGAUUGGAGUCUGUACAGUGGUUUAAAUAUGAAUGGGAAUGGACAAAUGGAGGUGCAUUACAUAAACACUGGCUUUCCUUACACGGUUACUGAAAGUUUUAUGAACUUCUUUGAAGACCUUACACAUGUGCCGGUAAAUUACGGUCAUGCUGUACCAAUGCAUGAUCAGGAAAGUGCAUAUUGGUCAAUGAAUAUGAACUCUUACAAAUUUGGGUUUUCUGGUCUGGGAAGUUCUUCGUAUUAUGGCCCUUCGGAGGUAAAUGAUCAUUUAGCAAGAAUGGAGGUCAGCAGGAGUGGGUGGGAAUACCCUUCGACAAUGGAUGAAGAGCCUGCAACAACAGACUCACACUCACAGUCAGAAGGAGAUGCAGUCAUGGGUGUGCAUGCUAUCCCUGAAGAAUGCAGUCCAACUCAUCAUAAUAAUAAUAGUUCUCAGGCUGCAUGGCAAGACAAUGUUGAUCCUGAUAACAUGACUUACGAGGAAUUACUUGACUUAGGUGAGACAGUUGGAACUCAAAGUCGUGGUCUUUCGCAGGAGCUUAUCAGUUUGCUUCCAACUUCAAAGUACAGAUUUAAAAACUUCUUCUCAUCAAAGAAAACUAGAGAGAGAUGUGUGAUUUGCCAAAUGAGGUACAAAAGAGGCGACCGGCAAAUAAAAUUGCCAUGUAAGCAUGUUUACCACAGGGACUGCAUCAUCAAAUGGCUUAACAUUAACAAGAUAUGCCCAAUUUGCAACGCAGAGGUAUUUGGCGAGGAAUCAAGGCAUUAAAGCAUCAAUUGGAAAAAUUAUUCAGAAUCCAGAGUUCUGUAAUCCAUCUUUUUUUUUUUUU